AUGUCUAACACCGGUGGUGUUGCUGAAAAUAUCAGUUGUUAUAACGCAGCUGCUCUUGACUUCCUUGGUGCUCCUGCAUGCAAUCUAUCUGAACAGGCUCAAACACGAGCAGUCUUCGUAAAUGUGGUGACGGUCACCAACAGAAACAAAAAUGUCUUUUCUCAAGAUGCAAUUCACGCAUGA